AUGGGCCAAGGGGACGACAAGGAUCGCAUCGUGAUCAACGUCGGAGGAAUCAAGCACCAGACUUACCGCAGCACCCUGCGCACGCUGCCCGGCACCCGGCUCUCCUGGCUGGCGGAGCCCGACGCGCCGAACAACUUCGACUAUGAUGCGAACAUCGGGGAGUUUUUUUUCGACCGCCACCCGAGCGUUUUCGCGCACAUCCUCAACUACUACCGCACGGGGAAGCUGCAUUGCCCGGCGGAUGUGUGUGGACCGCUGUAUGAGGAGGAACUUGCGUUUUGGGGGAUUGAUGAGACGGACGUGGAGCCGUGCUGCUGGAUGACCUACCGGCAGCACAGGGAGGCGGAGGAGGCUUUGGACAGUUUUACCGGGGGCGCUCUCGACCUCGGUCAUGACGACCCGGAGCCUGAAGGGGUCGUCGAGGCGGCUGAGGGGGAUGAGGGGGUCGAGAUGACCCGGAGACUGGCGCAAGGAGACUCCCCGGAUAACCGAUCUGGGCGAUGGAGCAGGUGGCAGAAGAAGGCCUGGGCGCUCUUUGAGGACCCAUACUCCUCUAAAUACGCACGGUGGGUAGCAUUUGCAUCUUUGUUCUUCAUUUUGGUGUCCAUUACCACAUUCUGUUUGGAGACUCAUGAGGCCUUCAAUCCCAUCAUCAACCGUACAGAGACCUAUAUGGAGGGCAAUGAAACUGUGGAGCGUAUCUUCCCUGAGACGGAAACUAUGGUGCAGUUAACCUACAUUGAGGGAGUCUGCGUUGUGUGGUUUACUUUUGAGUUUAUAAUACGAGUGACUACCUGUCCAGACAAAUUAAAGUUUUUGAGAAACACCCUUAACAUCAUCGACUUUGUGGCCAUCCUCCCCUUCUACCUUGAGGUGGGAUUGAGUGGACUAUCCUCCAAAGCUGCGAAAGACGUGUUGGGUUUUCUUCGUGUGGUUCGAUUCGUCAGAAUUCUUCGUAUCUUUAAGCUAACGCGACACUUUGUGGGCUUGCGGGUACUAGGGCACACACUCCGUGCCAGUACCAAUGAAUUCAUCCUCCUGAUCAUUUUCCUUGCACUCGGAGUCUUAAUCUUUGCCACUAUGAUCUACUAUGCCGAACGUAUCGGAAGAAACCCUAAUGAUCCUGAUGCUAGUAGCGACACGCACUUCAAGAACAUCCCUAUUGGCUUUUGGUGGGCUGUGGUAACCAUGACAACCCUUGGCUAUGGCGACAUGUACCCUCAGACAACAUCUGGAAUGCUAGUGGGUGCGCUGUGCGCCCUGGCGGGUGUGCUGACCAUUGCUAUGCCUGUUCCUGUAAUUGUGAACAACUUCGGCAUGUACUACUCCCUAGCCAUGGCGAAGCAAAAACUACCAAAGAAAAAGAACAAACAUAUCCGACGACCGCCUCUACUGGGGUCUCCCAACUACUGCAGGUCAGCUGUUAACUCUCCACGACCCAGCACACACAGCGACACAUGUCCCCUGGCUCAGGAGGAGGUUUCAGAGAUCAGAUACGAUUUUAAAGUGAACGGGGAGCCAUCCAAAGCUGCCCUGGCCAAUGAGGACUGUCCUCACAUCGACCAAGCGGUGUCACCCGAGGAAGUCUUCAGUCCGGUGGACCGCGAGAGACCCUGCUUCCUGCUUACGGGAGGAGAACGAGCCAACCACACUGGGGGAAGAGUCAGGAAGGGUUAUGAAAAGCCAUGGAGCCACAGCAGCAUGUCUGGAGGCGUGGCCUCAGUGUCAGCCCUGCCCUGCAGCCCGCCCUGUCUCAUGCAGCAGGUCCACUCUCCCAUCCCAUCCAUCCUGUAG